AUGGCCAAAGCAUACACAGUUGAGAAGUUUGAUUACCACAUCGCAGAGGUAGAGAAAAUUGAUAAGAGGCUCAAAUAUUACUUAAUGAAUGUUGGGUAUGAUAGAUGGUCCAGAGCACAUUCCACUGUCAACAGAACAUUGACGAUGACUUCAAACAUUGCGGAGUCGAUCAAUGCAGCACUCAAGGCUGCUAGGGAACUCCCAGUACUGACUUUGCUAGACUACAUAAGAAAAUUGAUUGGACGGUGGAAUGUUACAAACCUAAAGAAUGCAGUAGAGUCAUUCACUGAUCUUGGGAAAAAAUAUGAUACAAUGCUGAUGGACAAUCUUGAAUUGUCACAUCAGAUGAAGGUGACCCCUUCAACGAGUUACUUAUAUUCAGUACUUGACAAGGGUAAGCAGAGAAUGGUGUUCCUAAAAGAUCGAACCUACAGCUGUAGAAGCUUUCAGUUGGAUGAGCUGCCAUGUGCACAUGCUUGGGUAGUAUUAAAAUACAAAUACAUUGACCACAUUGAGUAUUGCUCGGUGUACUACACCUCGAAGUACCUAUUGAAGACCUAUGAAAUUCCAAUUUAUCCGGUUCCUGAUGAAAGCACAUGGGAAAUUACUGCAGAAGUUCUAAAUGAAAAAGUCUUGCCACCAGACGUGACUAAAACAAUAGGAAGGCCAAGGAAGGGGAGGUGCAAGCCAAUAUCUGAAAGGGAACGAAAAAGGUCGAUUUCAUGUGGACAGUGUGGAGAAGAAGGUCACAACAGGAAAACUUGUAGAAAUAAUCCAAGGAGAGGAUGA